GAAGCCCAACCCUUUGUAGGGUUCAAACAGAACUCGUUUGGCUCGAAAAGUUGCUGACUUCUGAGCGUUCAAAAAAUAAAGAUAACAGAAUGCUCGCCGCCGGCGGAUGGUUGAGCCGGACGUUCCCGAAACUCAGCCCCAUUGCGUUUCCCACGCGCCUCAGUUACCGUGUGGAUUUCCCUUUCUCUUUCUCAACAUCCGCCGCUCCGGCAACCAAGCGAGUCGGCACGCACGACGGCAGCUUCCACUGCGACGAAGCUCUCGGCUGCUUCAUGAUCCGUCUCACCCACAAAUUCUACGGCUCUCAAAUCGUUCGUUCCAGAGACCCCCAGGUUUUGGACGCCCUUGAUGCAGUGCUUGAUGUGGGCGGCGUGUAUGACCCGAGCAGAGAUCGUUACGAUCAUCACCAGAAAGGUUUUGGCGAGGUUUUCGGGCAUGGGUUCGUUACUAAGCUCAGUAGCGCUGGCCUUGUUUACAAGCACUAUGGUCUGGAGAUAAUUGCAAAAGAGCUUCACCUUAAUGAAGGACACCCAGACCUUCAUCGGCUCCAUCUUGAAGUGUAUAAAAACUUUAUAGAGGCAGUUGAUGCUAUUGAUAAUGGAACUAAUCAGUUUCACACAGAUCAACCUCCAAGAUACGUGAAUAAUACAGAUUUAUCAUCUAGACUUGGAAGAUUGAAUUUUGAUUGGAUGGAUCCUGAUCAAUCACCUGAGAGGGAGAAUGAGGCUUUCCAACAUGCAAUGCAAAUAGCUGGGAAUGAAUUUCUACAGGCUAUCGAUUUUCAUGUGAAAUCAUGGUUACCAGCUCGAUCAAUUGUCAAGGAGUGUCUAGCAGCAAGAAAAGAUGUUGAUCCGAGUGGAGAAAUUAUGGUGCUGUCCAGAUCCUGCCCUUGGAAGCUUCACAUAUUCGAGCUAGAGGAGGAGCUGAAGAUUGAUCCUCCAAUCAAAUAUGUUAUCUAUCAGGAUGAUAGGAGUGGAAAUUGGCGAGUGCAAGCAGUUGCAGUGUCGACUGAGAAAUUUGAGAGCCGGAAACCCUUGCCAUCUCCAUGGAGGGGUUUGACCGAUGUAGAGCUCUCCAAGGUGGCAGGGAUCCCUGGUUGUACCUUCGUCCAUAUCAGCGGUUUCAUAGGCGGUAAUCAAAGUUACAAGGGUGCUUUAGAUAUGGCAAAGACUUCAUUGACAGCUUAAGCAAGGGAGAUUAGAGGACAAUCACGGAUUUCACUGCAUAUGAAUGAAAACUGGAAUCAACUUAUCAAAUUUGUGAUUUUUGUCCAUAUGGCCAUGAUGGCAAUUAACUUCCAGGUCUUGUUGGUUCACCAACAGGAGCAUCCGGGAAACAGAUAAUUGCCUUCUGAACCAUUGAUCAUUAUACUCAUAUACUGUAAAAGGAGGUACUUUUUCAAUUUAGGUACCUCUCUCACCAAUUGGGUAUCUUUUUUCAGUUUCAUUACAUAUAGCCUCCUCUUAUACUCAUAUCUGGUCUGGUGGAUGUUGAGAUUUAGAAUUAGAAUGCCUUCUGUUUUCUUAUUUAUAGUCCCUUGAUAUUUGUUUCUAUUAAAUGAAUCUUUAAAGAA